AUGCCAGUGAAAUGCUGUUUCCACAGGUCACCAACUACAGAAACAACAGUGUGUUCUGAAAAUAUGGAUACACUUUUAACCAACCAAGCUGGUCUAGAUGCUUUUCAAACAUUCCUAAAAUCAGAGUUCAGUGAAGAAAACGUUGAGCUCUGGCUUGCCUGUGAAGACUUUAAGAAAACAGAAAGUGCAGAAAAAAUUGCUUCCAAAGCCAAGAUGAUUUAUUCUGAAUUCAUUGAAGCUGAUGCCCCUGAAGAGAUUAACAUUGACUUCAGUACCAGGGACCUCAUCUCAAAGAAUAUUGCAGAACCAACUCUCAAAUGUUUUGAUGAGGCUCAGCAGGUGAUCUACAGUCUGAUGACCAAGGAUUCUUUUCCUCGAUUUCUAAAGUCAGAGACUUAUAAGAAACUGGUAAAUAGCAAACAGGUUGGAAAUCAUAAAAAAUGGCUCCCUUUCUUGUAA